GCUGGGCGCGGGCAGGCGGCAUGGCCCCCCCGCCUAAGGGCCCCCCCGCCCGCAAGCUGCUCUGCAUGUGCAGCCUCUCGAUCUGCCUCACCUACGUCUGCUACAGCCUCAUGGGGGGCCCCGGCGCCGUCCGCUCCCCGCUCGCUGCCCAGGGGGCCCCCAGCCCCUCCUCGCCGGCCCCGGACGGCCCCGCCGCCGCGUCUCCCCGCGACGGCAGCACGCCGCGCCUCCGGACGCCGCCGCCGGCACCCUCCACAGCAGCUCCGAGCGGCGCCUCGGAGCGCGACGCGCGCGGCACCGCCGCCUCCGAGGACCUCGGCCGACUCGCGGAGGAUGCUGUCGCCGCCGCCCCCGCCGCCUCGGACGCAGCUGCGGGCGCCGAGCGUCCUACCGCCACGCCGGACUACGGGGAGAAGCGGCUGCCGCAGGCGCUGAUCAUCGGCGUGAAGAAGGGGGGCACCCGCGCCCUCCUGGAGGCUCUCCGCGCGCAUCCCGACGUACGUGCCGUGGGCACCGAGCCGCACUUCUUCGACCGAAACUACGGCAAGGGCCUCGACUGGUACAGGGAGCUGAUGCCCAAGACCCUGGAAGGGCAGCUCACCAUGGAGAAAACGCCAAGCUAUUUCGUCACCAAUGAGGCCCCAAAGCGCAUCCACUCCAUGGCCAAGGAUACCAAGCUGGUUGUGGUUGUGCGUGACCCGGUCACCAGGGCCAUCUCGGACUACACCCAGACACUUUCCAAGAAGCCAGAGAUCUCCACCUUUGAGGUGCUGGCUUUCAAGAACCGUACCCUUGGGCUGAUUGACGCCUCAUGGAGCGCCAUCCGCAUUGGGAUCUAUGCGCUGCACCUGGAGAGCUGGCUCCAGUACUUCCCGCUCUCCCAGAUCCACUUCGUCAGCGGGGAGCGGCUCAUCACAGACCCCGCAGGGGAGAUGGCCAAAGUGCAGGACUUCUUGGGCCUCAAGAGGGUUGUGACGGAGAAAUAUUUCCAUUUCAAUAAGACCAAGGGGUUCCCUUGCCUAAAGAAGCCAGAGGACAGUAGCAGCACCCCCCGGUGCCUCGGCAAGUCCAAGGGCCGAACUCACCCCAAAAUUGACCGGGAUGUAAUCCGGAGGCUGCGGAAAUUUUACAAGCCGUUCAACAUCAUGUUUUACCAAAUGACAGGCCAGGAUUUCCAGUGGGAGCAGGAAGAGGGUGAUAAGUGAUGCCAAGGCAGGCAGGAAGACGCUGUCUCCUAACCAGAGAACUUGCCUGAGGCUGGGGAAGGGCCUGGCUUGCCUACUCUGGAAUCCAGCACCAAUUCUGCCACCAUCCCUGGCGAGAAUUUGCUCAGCAGACACAAGUGGUAGCCAAAACUUCCUUUUUGCACCUGGAUGAAGGGCAAUCACCUUUCUCUUCCUCCCACAAUUCUAGGCCAGCAGGUUUUGG